AUGGUGAGAACCAGAAAUCAAAGGAUGGGAAAGAUACCUCGAAAAGAAGCGACCUCAAAAUUCGUAGGUACCGGAGAAUCCUCCAAUCCAGUGUGCAUUGAAGAAGAAAGCCCUACAAAUGUCGCAACAAAUCCUGUCCCCAUAUCCAGAGUUCCGUUUGGGAAACCACAAGAACAGAAAGCCACCACACCAGGUAAUCAAAAUCUCCCUCUCAUCAAUCCUGAAGAUCAAACUGAAUGCAUGCCCAUUGCGGCUGAUCUAGGGGACAAUCGAAUUGUCGACCCAAACGAUCUUGUUGUGCAACUUCGGUUUGCUAUGAAUCGAGGUUGGGAACCCGAUCUAGGGUCCUAUGCCAGCUCCAAAGAAAACUCGAUAGAGUCAGAGACAGAGGAAAACGAGGUUCUUCAUGAGACAAAUCGUUCUCCUUCACCACAAAAUGAAGAACACACAUCACCCAUUGAACCCCCAAUUCCAAUUUCCCGGGUCAGCAACAACCCUAGAAAACGGAACAGACCCGACCCAUUUGAAGGGGCUGACCCUAGAGCCAAAAGGCCAAACGACUUUCCAAUAUGGGCAGGACCCCCUCAACGACCUCCAAACAUUCCACCUGCACCUCCAACGAACAAAAAAUCAAAAAGAGUCAUAACAGAGGAUGAACAGGAUUGGUCACCCCAGGAAGAUUAUGGAAGCCCUGGGAAUGAAAGGAUAAUGACCAGAGCGAAAAAGAAUACCCAACCAUCUGACAGAAUAAGCCACCAACAGAUAAAAACCACCACCAAAAGGGCUAAACUGUCCAGCAAGGCAAAAGGAAAACAGAAAGCAGUUACCACAGAUGACCUGUCAAACCUACCAAAACCUCAUAGUGCCAUCCUCUUGAAAAGGGAAUCAGCAGGACUCUUGAAGAGAAUAGUGGGAAGAAAGAUUAUAAGUCAGAAAAUCCUUGACAUAAGCAAACUAGACAAUCCAGACCAAAUACAAAACAUUCUAGUCACAAACCAACUCCUAGGAUCAGUGACAAAAAUUGAGCCUUAUGAAGAAAAGGUGGUACAGGAGUUCUAUUGCAACCUAACAAAAACCAUCUCAACACCAAGCAAUCCCAUGUAUGGCAAGGCCUACCUAAGAAACAGGUUCUAUGACUUCACACCUGACAUUAUUAACAGACAUUUAGGGACAUCAGAAGCAGAACAAACUGUCGAGAUAAAUAGUGAGCAAGUUGCACAUGAACUUACAGCUGGAAAUGUUAUUUUUGAGAAGAACAAAAUCAAGGCAGCAUCGCUAACCAGCAAAUAUGCUAUCCUCCAGAAGAUAGCCAUUACCAACUGGAUGCCAUCACUGCAUGAGUCAACUGUAAAAUGGGCCCUAGCAGAUCUUCUAUACAAGAUAGGGAAAGGAAUAAAAUUCAACCUGGGGAACAUUAUUCACACUCAGAUUAUAAACCUGGCAGAGGAUACCAAGUCCAACACUUCUCUCAUUUUUCCAAACCUUAUAUUUGCCAUCCUAGCAGAACAAGGACUCAAAACACAUGGACCCAAAAUCAGUGUCAAGAACAUCAACACCACUGUGAAACUGAGGAAAGGAGGUCAUCAAAAUGAUUUAAAGACAACAGCACCAAGAUCUAAUCCUCUAGAUUCUAAGACAUUGAUCAGCUAUUUUGAAGGAAGACUAACAGAACUAGAACUCUCAGAAAAGGAGCUUCUGAGAAAACAUUUGGACAUCAAGGAAGAAAAAGCUGAGAUUACUGAAUGGCUAACAGUUUUAAAAGCAAGUGAAGAAGAAGAACCAGAAGAGGAACACUCUCAGGAUGAAAAUGCCGAAACCCCUGUUUCAACACCAGAAGAAAGGACCUAA